ACAUUUAUUCAUAUCCUCUGACAUAUUGGAAACUUUGCAAGCAAAAGUAGAUGAUUUAAUGGACCAGAUAUCAUUUCCACUGGCAGAGAAAGGAAUGUAAAAGGGAAGACACAACGAGACAUUUUUGAGAUAUACUAAGCUUAAAAAAAAAUGGCUCGAGAAUCAGGUAGAAUAAAGGAUGCAUGUCAAAAAAGAAUCCUUGAUGAUGCUGCACGUAAACGCAGACAAAAGAAGGCAUUGGAAGCAUUGGAGCAAGACAAUUUUCAUGAUGAUCCACAUGCCGAUUUAGUAAUGAGCAAAAAGGUACCGAAAUUUCAAGAAACGUUAGACAACAGAAGUGGCAGAAAAAAGAAGACUCGCUCUGCAGAAUAUUACAAGCAACGUUUCCGCAAAACUUUUGCUCAACUUGUUGAAGAAGAUCUCAAUAUGAAUCCCAAUCCACCAAACUAUGCCAGUGCUCAGGCAUCACCGUCCCGGUUUCCCGAAAGACAUUUUUGUGCAGUGUGUGGUUUUCCCAGUAAUUAUACAUGUAUACCUUGUGGCGCUAGAUAUUGCUGUGUGAAGUGCCUAGGCACUCAUCUUGAUACGAGAUGCAUGAAAUGGACAGUUUAAGAAUUUUUAUUUAUCUAAAAUUUUAGUAAAAAUAAAUGCAAGAUAGUCCAAAAUCUAUUCUUUCAAAAGAGAAUAAAUACCUAACUGCUUCAUAUUAAA